AUGACGAGGUACACAAAUGCAGACUUUGCAGAUGACGAUAGUGUUAACAGUGUUCAGUUAAAUGAAGGCAUUAGUAGUAGCACCACUCACAUACGGUAUCACGCCGGUAGUACUAUCUGGAAGAUGAGAUCGCCGUUGGAAAAAGUGCUGUUGCUCUUAGUGGGCAUACUUUUGUUCACGAUAUUUAUUUUAGCCAUAAUUUUACAUGUUACUGAGCAUAGAUUAGAAGAAACUAAGAUGAUUAUAAUUCCAUCGGGGACCCCAGGACCCUGCUUGAAUAAAUCCUGCAUUAGAAUAGCUAAUACUAUAUUAGAAGCCAUGGACACUACCUUGGAUCCUUGUGACGAUUUCUAUGAAUACGCUUGUAAUGGUUGGGUAAAAGCCAACCCUAUCCCCGACGCCAAAACCACUUGGGGGACCUUCAUGAAGUUGGAACAACAAAACCAACUGGUUAUUAAAAGAGUUUUAGAACAACCGAUAGACACGUUGAAGUCAAAGGCUGAACAAAAGGCAAAAAUGUAUUAUGAAUCUUGCCUGGACGUAAACGAGACUGUAGAAGCAUUAGGAGCAAAACCUAUGAUAGCAUUAAUAGAAAAACUAGGUGGUUGGAACAUCACCAAUACGGGUUUUGAUGUCAACUCUUGGACAUUACAGAAUAUUACGCAGAUAAUUCAAAAUAAGUAUAAUAUAGGCGGCCUUUUUUCAUAUGCUGUGGGAGAAGAUGAUAAAAACUCAACUAGACACGUUUUACAAAUCGAUCAAAGUGGUCUGACACUUCCAACGAGAGAUAACUAUUUGAAUAAGACCAAGGAUCAUAUUAAAGUUCUUGAUGCCUACCUAGAGUACAUGACAAAGGUUGGAGUUUUAUUGGGAGGUGAGCCGAAUUCGACCAGAAAACAAAUGGAUGCCAUUAUAAAGUUCGAAACCAAACUUGCCAAUAUAACGAUACCCGGAGAAUUGCGAAGAGAUGAAGAAAAACUCUACAAUCUAAUGAAAAUCGGAGAUUUGCAAAUUAAAGCUCCAUUUAUAGACUGGAGGAAAUUUUUCGAAGAUGCGAUGAGGAUAGUUAACAAAAAAGUGACUAAUAAGGAAGAAGUAGUAGUUUACGCUCCAGAAUAUUUAGGAAAUUUAACAAAAUUAAUUAAAGAGUAUAAUAAAACCGUAGAAGGAAAGAUUGUUCUUAAUAACUACAUGGUCUGGCAAACUGUACGAGUUUUCACUGUAUGCCUUUCUAAAGCAUUUAGAGAUGCAUACAAAGGUCUCAGAACAGCAUUAAUGGGACAAGAAGGUGGUGAGGAGCCACAGUGGAGGUAUUGUAUCCAAGAUACCAAUUCUGUAUUAGGUUUUGCUAUUGGAGCCAUAUUUGUAAGGGAGGUAUUCGACCAGAACUCAAAAACUCAAGCUGAAGAUAUGAUCAAUAAUGUGAGGAAUGCCUUUAAGACGAAUUUCAAAAAUUUGAAGUGGAUGGAUAAUGACACCAGACAAGUUGCUAUUGAUAAAGCAGAUGCCAUUUCUGAUAUGAUAGGUUAUCCGGAAUUUGUCAAAGAUAUCAACUUGCUGGACGAAAGAUUUGAAAAACUAACAAUAAGGAACAACACUUAUUUCGAAAAUAAUAUCCAGAUAAGUUAUUUCAAUUUAAAGAAAAAUUUAGAAAAAAUAAAUGAACCUGUCAACAAAACUACUUGGAGCAUGCCUCCAUCUACCGUAAACGCAUACUACACUCCCACCAAAAACCAAAUGGUCUUUCCAGCCGGAAUUCUACAGAGCCCGUUUUACGACUCUUCUUUUCCUCCAAGUUUGAACUACGGGGGUAUGGGAGUAGUCAUGGGACAUGAGCUAACUCACGGUUUCGAUGACCAAGGCAGAGAGUUUGAUAAAUUUGGUAACCUCAAUCAUUGGUGGAAGAAUAAGACUAUUGAAAAGUUUAAACAAAGGACAAAAUGCGUUGUAGAUCAGUAUAACAAAUACCAAGUAAAUGGGAAAAACAUAAACGGAAAUCAAACACUUGGGGAAAACAUAGCCGAUAACGGCGGAUUAAAGGCAGCUUACCACGCUUACUUAGAAUUAAUGGAAAAUCAACCUGAACCACAAGAGCUUCCGGGUCUUUUGCUCAAUCACAAACAACUCUUCUUUGUAGCUUUUGCUCAGGUUUGGUGUUCAGCCGCAACUAAAGAAGCCACACUGCUUCAAAUAGAAAAAGAUUCCCACUCGCCAGCCCAAUUCAGAGUCAUAGGAGCGUUGAGCAACCUCAAAGAAUUCAGCGAAGAGUUCCAGUGCAAGCCGGGCUCCAAAAUGAACCCCACAAACAAAUGUGAAGUAUGGUAA